AUGCGAGAAGAGGUUGGUUUUGUUGUAGCACUAAUGCUGUCUGCUGUCCUGGCAGCUGCAGGGCUUCCUUCGGAGAACAUUGUGUACCCGAGAAUCAUUGAAUCCAGAGAUCUGAGUAGCGAAAAGACGCUCUACAUUCGACCCGGACUCGUGCUGAGCCUCGAAAAGAGCCGAGUAUUUUCGGAUAAUUUUGUUUUCUCAGAAGACGACGGUGUAAAUCGCCACGACAGACUCAUGAAUGGCAAGGACCUAGAAAAUAAUUUUUAUCAAGACCGAAACGACACCUCUGUUGUGUUUGUUGAUGAAGAAAAGGGAACUGUGCAAGUGAGAGGAAUCCUCAACAACAAAUAUUCAAUCGAGCCAAUCGCGUCAGGUCGCCAAUCAGAAGGUGAUCUCGUUGCUCACUCAUUAUUAGAUCUUGAGCACAUCGAUAGUUCACUCGCCGACAACUCUGAGCAAAGUCUCUGCCCAGCACUGGAUGUUGGCCUGUCCACCAGUGAAGUGACUGAAAGAAAACUCGAGGACUUACCUGAAGAGUUUGUCGUAGAAGUCAGAAUAUUUUCAGACCCCUCUCAUGGCCAAAACAAAACAAUGGAUGAUUUGAUCAAGUAUUUUGGUGUUAUAAUGAAUGAGGUGAACCUGAUGUACAAACAACUGACCGAGCCUAAAGUGCGGUUCAUCGUCCUGAGCAUUACGCAACUCACGAACUACACGUUCACUCGCCGCAGCCGGGAUCCUAAAAGUAAACAACGGAUUAUUAAUCUAUGCGGAACCCUGGGCCGCUUCUACAAUUACGUGAAAGCAACGUUGACGGAGGACACGCAGGAUGCUGUUAUCUAUGUCUCGUCUCUUUCCCCGUCUUUUUUUUCAGGAUGCUCACAUUACUGCCACGUAUGCAAGAAGAAUCCCGUCGCCACUACAACGGUGAAAUUCGGCCCACCUGGACCAGACGAGGCCAGGAUCAUAGCUCACGAACUGGGACACUUGCUUGGAAUGACUCACGAAGGAUAUUGUCCUUGGUAUUCCACAAAGGGGAAGAAAAGGCUCCGAUGCAAAGGGAAGGACCACGGAUACGUGAUGGGUCGUGGCAAACCACCGCACUAUUUUUCGUAUUGUCUUCAAGACCAGGCGAAAGGCUGUCUGAUGACAAAGAAGAAGCGGUGCUUUGAACUGACGGGGGGCAAGAAAUUGUUCUAA